AUGGACAAUUUUCCACCGGAAGUGCGGCAUAUUUUGGCACCCGCCUUCGGCAUUCUUUCGGCCACGCAACUUACUCAGAUGGCUGAUCGGCUUAUGGAGAUGCACGGUUUUUCCAAGCCCUCUAUUUCAGCACUCUCAACUCCCUCAUCUCCUCCUGCGUCUCCCAUUUCGCAGUUAGAGAUCGAGCUCAGCAAACUGGCCGAUGAUAUAGCCGCUCUCCAGAAGCAGACAGUUUCUGCCUCAUCUCGGAGCCAACCGCCGCCGUCCACCCCGCAUGUCCAGUCUUUUCAUUCAGCCCGUCCAAACGCAGCUGCCACCUGCUGGUACCACACCACCUUCGGUGCUAAAGCCCGUCGCUGCAUCUCUCCUUGCUCCUUCACCCUCAAGCAGAGCGAACGGGUAAAACCGGCUAGCCCGAAGGUCAGUGCAGCCAAUCUUUCCGACAGCUCUAACCCUGGUCACACAUUUUACGUCCGCGACACCCGGAGUGGCACACGUUUCUUGGUUGACACUGGUGCCCAGCUAAGUGACAUUCCACCCACACCAGCUGAUCGUCGGUGUCCCAAUCCCGGUCUUUUCCUACAGGCCGUCAACACAUCGCCGAUUACCACAUUUGGCACCUGUUACCUCUCUCUGGACAUCGGUCUCCGGCGUCUCUUUCCUUGGGUCUUCAUCGUUGCUGACAUUCCCUGUGCAAUUCUUGGUGCAGAUUUCCUCGCCGCUUUCGAUCUUCUGGUCGACUGCCGUCAGUCACGUCUACAAAACAAGACCACCAACCUCACUGUCCGGGGUGUCCCUUCAUCCGACGCCUCCCGUCAUCUUGCUGUCUUGGACCCUGAACCCGAGAAUCCAUUUCGGCAACUCCUCGCCAAAUACCCCGGCCUAACUCGUCCCAACUUCAACGUUUCUAUUCCACCACAUGACGUUGUUCACCACAUUCGGACCACCGGCCCUCCCGUGUUUUCUCGACCCCGCCGUCUCGCGCCUACACGUCUUGCUGCCGCCAAGGCCGAAUUCGAGCACAUGCUUCAAAUGGGCAUCAUCCGUCAGUCUGAAAGCCCAUGGGCCUCACCCCUCCACAUGGUUCCAAAGGCCGCCACUGGUGACUGGCGCCCCUGCGGUGAUUACAGGGCCCUGAACAACGUUACUGUCCCGGACCGCUACCCUGUCCCACAUCUUCAGGAUUUUGCCGGUGCCCUAUUCGGCAAGUCUGUAUUCUCGAAGAUCGAUCUGGUCCGUGCUUUCCACCAAAUUCCCAUAGCCCUAGAGGACGUUUCGAAGACGGCCGUUACCACCCCCUUUGGCCUCUUUGAGUUCCUGCGCAUGCCGUUUGGACUUCGCAACGCCUCCCAGACCUUCCAAAGGUUUGUAGACAGAGUGCUUCGCGGUUUACCAUUUGUCUACGCCUAUAUCGACGACCUUCUGGUAGCCAGCUCCACCACCGAAGAACACAUGGAACAUCUGGCAACGGUGUUUGACCGCCUUCAACAAUUUGGCGUCGUUCUCAACCCGUCCAAGUGCGUCUACGGUGUGCCCUUCCUAGAAUUUCUCGGUCAUCUGGUCGACUCCCACGGCAUUUGGCCUCUUCCCUCAAAGGUUGCCGCCAUUCGGGACUUUACACCCCCCACCUCGAAGCGUCAGUUGCAACGGUUUCUUGGUAUGGUGAACUUUUAUCGCCGGUUCCUACCGAACUGUGCUGAUCUCAUGAUGCCGCUCACCAACAUGUUUUCUGGUCCCAAAGGUCCCCUCGAGCUGACUGGUGAAGCAGCGACUGCUUUUGAGAGAAUCAUGAAUUCCCUUGCUGAUGCCACCUUACUCACACAUCCCGCUCCCGAAGCUCAGCUGUCUCUGAUGGUAGAUGCUUCGACCGUAGCCAUAGGUGCAGUCCUUCAACAACACCUUGCUGGUUUGACUCAACCACUUGCCUUUUUUUCCAAAAAGCUCUUACCAGCUGAGACACGCUACAGUACCUUUGGCCGUGAACUACUUGCCAUUUACCUGGCUGUGAAGAAUUUCCGGCAUUCCCUUGAAGGUCGUGACUUCACCGUUUUCACUGAUCACAAACCGUUGAAUUUUGCACUUCGUUCCCACACUGACAAACUAAAUCCCGGGAAAUCCGCCAACUGGACUACAUCUCCCAGUUUACCUCAGAUAUCCGCCACAUCGACGGGUCACGCAAUGAGGUGGCUGACGCACUGUCUAGGCCCUCCAUUGCUCAUCUUCAGCUUUCACCCGGGAUAG